AUGCGAGCGUUGCUGUCCUCCGAAGCUCUUGUACAUAUGCAGUGCACUGAACGUUUGAGGUACUUCCGGUUGAUCAUCAGCAUGCUAAGCGAUUCAACACUUGCAGAUGAUGUUGUUUAUCAGAGCAAAGACUACGAACCACCUUUUGUUAUAAAUAUUCCGACAACAGGAAGACACGGACGGUACGUAAAAAUCGACAUACCCGAAAGGAAGGAAUUUUUAGAACUAGCGGAAGUUGAAGUGUACGAAGACCUUGGCGCCUCAAGAUGUGGACCUGGUUGGCUGGACUAUACGGUUGAUUCCUCUUGUUAUCAGUUCAGUGAAGUUGAUAUGAGUUGGAAGACUGCCAAGGAAUUCUGUGACGGUUUUAACUCUGCAAUGGUUGUACCAAAAACACCGGCGGAACAGUUAUUUUUGUAUGAACUCUCGCUACCCAUUUCUAAACCUCGGAGUGUUUGGCUUGGACUACAUGAUAUGAAUUCUGAGGGCACGUUUGUGACCAACGAUGGAUCACCUCUAGUAUACACCGAUUGGGGAAAUAAUGAACCGAACAAUAUCGGUAACGAAGACUGUGCAUCUCUACGAAUGGACAUGUCAGCCUACUCAGGAAGAUGGAAUGAUAAAAACUGUGACGUUAGCUUUAGAGCUGUAUGCAAAAAAGCGGAACUACCAACAACAACUUCAACGACAACAACAACGUCGACGACGACGACGACGACGGCCAUAACAACAACAACGACCGUCACUGAAAACCCGAUAACUAUUUCCCAAGGAGCAUGUGAUUCUGGAUGGGUGUUCAGUCCAGUAUCAUCGUCUUGUCUAAGAGUUUUUCUGGAUCGAACAGUAGAUUUUUAUGGCGCGACAGGAAAGUGUAUAAAAAGUAACUCCCGCUUAGCGAGCAUUGAAAACAACAUUGAGCAACUUCUUAUUGCUGAGAUGAUAAAAAAGGAAAAUGUAGUUGGUACGGGAUGGGAAGGUUUAUGGUGUGCCGGUAUAGAUGAACAUGAAGAAGGAAACUGGCAAUGGUUGAUGGACAGUAUCGACUGGCAUUCGAGUAUCAAAUGGUCUCCAGGUCAACCAAGUAAUUCAGGACUCGGAGAAAAUUGUGCUAUGAUCCGUACAUCGUCUGGAAACAUAAUGGAGUUGAACGAUGCGCCAUGUGAUGUAUUGAAUAUUGUGCAAGGCUAUGUGUGCAAAUACAAUUUAAACAUAAAGAAGUGUAAAGAUGGAUGGAUUUACAAUGGAGAGACUGACACAUGCUAUAGAUAUGAGCUGGAGUCUCCUGAAACUUGGAAUGAUGCCAGAAAAAAAUGUAAUGAGGACGGUGGUUUACUAGCAACCAUAGCAAGUAAAUCAGAGCAACUGUUCAUGAAAGCGGUUAUUACUGAUUCUAAUGUAAAAGGAGCAUGGGUUGGUGCCCAUGACAUGCAGGAAGAUGGAUUGUUUCAAUGGAUUGAUAGAGCAACCUGGAUCCGAGGUCUUUGGGCACCAUAUCAACCAAAUAAUUGGAAAGGAAACCAGAACUGCGCGAUGAUUGUGGUAAAUGCUAUUCCAGAUGCGCUUGGCCUGAUACAAGAUGAUUUUUGUGCAGAUAAAUACCCGUAUAUAUGUGCGAUACGAAACUGUAAAACAGGCUGGGAAAAGUUUGAGGAAAACUGUUACUUAUUUUCGCUCUCAAAUCGUGGAUGGGAAGACGCAAAGACGUACUGUGAAUCUGAGGGAGCAAGCCUUGUUAUAGUCGAGGAUGAGACAGAAAACAAUUACCUCAGGCAAAAAGUUAGAGGUUUAAAGGUGCCUUAUAUGUGGAUAGGCGCUCGCUAUGAUUCCACAUAUGGUGAACAUCGGUGGAUAGACGGUUCCGCUGUGACGGUUGAUGGAUGGGCUCCUGGUAGACCUGGCUCAGUCAGAGGAUGCGUGGACUAUCUUGACAGUGUAGAUUAUUUGUGGAAUUCCCAUCAUGAUUGUGUUAAUACGAAGGGACCUUUCAUAUGCGAAAAGGUCAGUAUAUCUGGAGCUGGUCUUACCGAGCCGACGAUGUCGGUUACAUCAUCAACAACAUUGGCUGUACAGACAACAACAUCACCAACACCAACUUCAACUUCAACAACAAUAACCCAGACGACGCAAACAGGAAAGUGUGGGAUUGGCUGGGACAAAGACCCUGCUUCUGCAACAUGCUAUAAGUUUGUUAUUGAACAUGCAAGCUGGACUGAAGCACAGACGAAAUGUUUGGAGGAGGCCGGACAACUUGUAAGCAUUAUUUCGGACCAAGAACAAGCAUACAUUGCAGGUAGAUUACAAGGCAUUACAAUGCUCCCUGAAGCUAUGUGGAUAGGUGCAAGUGACACAGAUUUUGAAGCAGGCUGGAAAUGGAUAGAUGGGCAACCGUUUGCCUAUCUGAACUGGGCUCGUGGCGAACCUAACUAUUAUGAAGUUGACAAUAGUGCUGGUACAGAAGAAGGCGAAGACUGCGCGGCAAUUGUUACUGCUGAUAAACAACUUUUUGGUCAGUGGAAUGACCUACCCUGUUCCGGAAAAAGAGGAUACAUAUGCAAGAGAAAAGUCGAUAACGAGGUAAAAACAACAUCAAAACCUGUACCUGAUAUUGAAGAUACAGGAUUUAUAGAAAUUCACCAAAAGCCAGAAGCCACGAAUCCUGAUUUCAAAUCACAUGAUCUGUACGAAAUGGGAGUAAGACCUAUAGAUACAUUUAAGUUUUCCGUGAAGACAAAACAUGAUGCUCAUAUAUUGCUGCAGAAUAAGAAAACAGACUUUACCGACGAUGUUUACUUGGUAAUCAUUGGUGGAUGGGGUGGGACUAAAUCAACAGUAAGCCGUGCUAGCGAUAUUAUCUAUUACGAACAAACAGGAUUGUUGUCACAAUAUGAAUAUAGGUGGUUUUGGAUAUCGUGGAACAAAACUACCAUCGAAGUUGGAAAGUCGGACCAAGCCGGGAGUAAUGUGUUUCUCAGUUAUAGCGGCGAAAUCGAUGACAUAAAUUACGUGUCCGUAGGUACAGCACAGUAUACAGAUGCUUACUGGAGGAUUCCAAAAGGUGAUAAGUAUUACGGAUGUUCAGGCGCUGGCUGGUUGGGAUAUAGAGAUGCGUGUUUUCUUGUUGUUGAAGAGAAAAAAGACUGGAAUGAAGCAAAUAGUUACUGUCAUAAAGAAGGUGCAGAACUCGCUAGUGUUACAGAUGAACAGGAACAAAGAUUUUUGUUCAGUCAACUGCCUCAAGAUAGUUAUUGCUUUAAUGCCUUUCAAAAUGAUACAAAGUGUAAUAUUUGGGCGGAGCGUGGGGAGUGUGAAAGAAACCCUGUCUGGAUGGCUACACAUUGUCACCUCGCUUGCAAACAUUGCAUGCACAACUGCAGGGACAAAUAUCAAAGCAGCACAAAGUGUUUAGAAUGGACCAGGCUUGGUGAAUGUGAGAAAAAUCCAAAGUGGAUGAUUCCAAACUGUGCAAUGUCAUGUGGGGUUUGCGAAGGAGCUCCAACGCGUGGUUACUGGAUUGGUUUGCAAAGUAGUGGAAUGGAUCAGAGUUAUAGAUGGUCAGACCGCAGUAAUGUGAGGUUUACCAACUGGAACAGUCACCAACCGCUUUGGUUUAACCUGCGACCUCGGAGCUGCGUAGCGAUGUAUUUACAAAAUGGAAAAUGGAACGAUGGCGGGUGCUCAGAUCCUCUUUCUGGUUUUAUAUGUAAACAAGCGAAAAUGGUUAUACCAAUUACAACUAAAUCGCCUUUUGAGAUAGGUUGCUCAAUGGAGAAUGGCUACGGAAAUUGCGCUUAUUGCUAUAGUGUUGUCAAAUGA